AUGCCCAGGCUUGGAGAAAAUGAUACGAAUACAUAUGCUUAUGAAAUCAAUUAUAAUAAUAUAAAUUUAAUAUUGAAAGUGUGGAAAACCGAUAAACCAUUAAUAAUCGUGACCCAUGGAUGGAUCGCGAAGUAUAACGACCAGGGAGUAUAUUCCAUAAAAAAUGCUUACGCAGUCAAAUACCCUGAUGGCUAUAACAUCAUAACGUUGGGCUGGAUUACAUAUUACCAAACAUUCUUAAAUGUAGCCAGUAAAUGUAAGGAAGUGGGACUUGCAUUAAGUCAUUUUUUGAUCAAACUAGUCAGCUUGAGGAUUAUUAUACCUAGUAAUAUACAUAUGAUAGGACAUAAUCUUGGUGCUCAUGUUCUUGGUGUAUGUGGAAAGAAUUUUUAUAAGUUGACGAAACAUAAAAUCAGUAGAAUCACAGGUUUAAACCCGACAGGACCCAUGACUAUAAAUACAUCAAUAACAUCGAUUUAUUUAGGAAAAACAUUGCAGAAGGAUGAUGCGACAUUUGUGGAUCUGAUCCAUACGGCAAAAAUCGAUAAAUUUCCUAUGACAACCGGACACGUUGAAUUUUAUCCGAACGGAGGAUAUAAUCCUCAGAAAGGAUGUGAGGACAUAAAUUAUGAAAUUUAUUUAACUAAUGGAAAAAAGAAUGAUGAAAUUACGAAGUCGGUAGCUAUAUUGUUUUGCAGUGAUGCAAAAUCUUAUGAAUACUACGUUGAAUCGAUAAAUAAUGAAUCGGCUUUUAUAAGUACAUUAAGUAAAUCAUACCAACAUUUUGAAAAUUUAGAGAACUCUGAACGCACCACCAACCAUAUGGGUCAUCAUGUAAAUACAAAAAAGGGAGGUACGUUUUACUUAAUGACGAACCCAAUGAGUCCAUAUUCGAUGGAUUCGAUUGAAGCAUAUAAGGAAAAAGAACGAGAGUUUCGUUAUACAUUGUAAAACAUAACAUUAGUGAUAUUACUCAUAUGUAUAAUAUUAUUAAUAAUUAGUAAAUUAAAUUAAUUUUAAUUAUAUAAUAAUAUCUUUUGACAUUUAAUUUAAUAACAAUUCUAUCAAAAAUAAAUAAUUGUCUAAAGCGGCAACAAUAAACCAUCGGAUAGUUACAUUAUAAUUAUUUAAUGAACACAUUUCAUUUAUAUCAAAAUCACCUCCAUAUUCCCAAUUGAUGUCGGCUAGCAUCACACAAUAUAAUCAAACAAAUGUCAAAAGAUAACAUCAUAAAUAUUACACUAUUAAUAUUAAGACAUUUUCUAAAAUUAUAAAAACAAUUAUAAUAAUUAUCAAUAAAUGACGGUAUGAAGGGCAAUCUUGUUAAUACUCCAAAGGGCAUAAAUAGGCCUGUCUCGCCAGCAAGAGCGUCGAUCGGUUACUGGUCACCAUACAAAGAAGAUUAACACGUUUUUUAUUGUACGCCUGCGAAGUAUUGACGAGACUUGUCAAUCAUAUCUGAGUUUUAAAUAUUCA